AUCAAGUACACCUCUCUCUACUCCUCACAAUCCCCGUGGUCAACCUCAAUUACUCUCCACCCGCGAUCCUUUGUCGAUACCUAUUACAACAGUAAAUUUUAAACGGUUUGUAUCAAAGAGUGGGCCUAUAUUUUGGGUGCAGGAUCGCGUGGAGGAGAUAGUAAUGUGGAGAAAAGGCUGGCAAAUAACAGGGGUGUGGAUGGCUGCUUAUGCCUUUUUAUGCUAUUUUCCUCGACUAGUGCUUCUCGUUCCACAUGCCAUUCUACUAGGCAUCUUACUUGCAACAUAUCCGUCAGAACAACUGUCGUCUACCAACGACCGUGGCGCAACGCCAACUCCCCCCUCAAAUGCAGGUGAGGGUACUGUAGACUGGCAGGCGAAUAUACAAGCAAUACAAAAUCUUAUGGGUGCAGUUGCGGACUUACACGACCUUAUACUCCCAUUCGUCCCUCAUCUCACACAUGCAACACCUUACACGCCUCUCAUUCUGACGUUUUUAUUGGCAACCUUCCUUUUCGCAAUCCCGCUUUUGCCUCUCAUCCCUCUCCGUCCAACAUUUUUGGUACUGGGUUUGGGCCCUUUCAUAUUCACGCAUCCUUUUAUGAUGUACCGCGUCCUUCCACUUAUCGUUUCGCUUUUGCACGAUAAGUCUCAUCGUGCACGUGUCUUACGGAUAAUAGACGACGACCGUCUUGAGGACCGUCACUGGCGAAGCGAGCUCAAAGAAGUCGAACUGUUCGAAAACGAACGAUGGAAUGCAAGUUCAGAUGGUGAAGCUGUAUCAGGAAGUUGGGGCAAGUCGUACUUGAAAUCAAGCGAAAGGAGUGCCUGGACUCGUGCCCAGGAUGGAUGGAGCGGCGUGAAGGAGGACGGUAGUGGAGAAGUCAGCAGCAAUCUCACGUUUUCACUAGCUCCUGGGUGGGCGUUCAUAGAGACGGAAGAUUGGAGGGUUGACUUGGAAGCCACGUGGGUUGCCAAUGUUGGGCCGGACGAUGGUGGAUGGGUGUAUACAAAUGAUAGUUGGCUUAAUCCUUCUGCUGUACCUCUCGACACUUGGAAGAGUGUUGGAAUGACGAGACGCAGACGAUGGACGCGACGGAUAUACUACGACCCAGCUAUAGCAACAUGAAUAGGUUGCAGUCACGGUAUAAUGAUAAUGCUUAAUUCAUUUGAAGU